UCGCAUGGUGGCGCAACUCGCUGCCCCUCUACGGGAGGCAAAAGUAAACGCAGUCAAACAAGAGUCUGGGGACGACCUUUGAGCACUCUUGUUGCCAUUUCGGGGUCUUGUUCGACUGUCUUCUGUAUGUUUCGUGCAGGGUCCUUCUGUAGGGGGCCGUGCCCGACCUCCUCCUCGCAUGGUGGCGCAACUCGCUGAAGCGGUGCCUCCGUUCCGUCAGCCCUCCGCCGACGCAGCUGGCCUCUUGCCCGGCCGCCGCCGAGACGCAGCACGAGAGCCUCUGCCCAGCGCCGGGCGGCUGGGCCCGUGGCGGGGUGUGCGCCACGCGCGCGCUGGAGCAGCGGCCAGCGAGGCAUUCCCUUCUUGCCUUCCAACAACACCGGCUCAGCGCGAGCAGAUUGGACGCGCAGCGGGGGCAUCGACGGGGCGCGGCGUCACAAGGGAGGGGCCGCGCGAGGUGAACGAUGCGGAGGGCACCGUGCUGGAGUUGCAGACGCGUGCCAGGCGCGUCUUCGAGGGCAUAUUGCCAUCCAUAUUCAUCGGCUGGGUGCCGCCACUCUGGAAGAAGUUCGUGCAGCCCAACGUCCCUCAGUGGUCCCAGAACGCCGCGUUCUUCUUGGUGUUCUACCUUCUGUUUCCCUGGCUCAUGGGGCCCAUGGAGGGCGAAGACUUCAUCGACGUGCCCGUCCCAGAGGAGUGGAGGAAGGUCCUGUUUUUCUUGCCCGUCUCUGUGCGGGUUCCGCAGAGCGUGAAGGCGGAGCGCUGUCGGUUCUUGGAGCAGGCCCAGUGCGCCUCGGUCUGUGUCAACACGUGCAAGGUGCCAUCGCAGGAGUGGCUGCGGGACGAUUUCGGCAUGAAUUUGCACAUCCAGCCCAACUACGACGACUUUUCGUGCCGCUGGCGCUUCGGCAAGGUGGCUCCCCCGCUCAUGGAGGAUGAGGCAAUCAUGAGCCCGUGCUUCACGAAGUGCCCCACCAAGGUCAAGAGCGGCAAGGACGCCCCGAGCCUGAGGGAGAGGCUCCAGCGCGAGGACGACGAGCGGUUGCUCAAGGCUGUGAUGGAGCUGACGCCGGACGGCACUGCCCUCAGCCUGGAGUCCCUGCGGGAGCGCACGUCGACGACCAGGAAGGUCGGGAAGUGCUGGAGCGUGGACAACAACCGGAAGGCGCUGCGAGAGGCCGCGGUGUCCCGGGAGGCCGCCGUGGCCACGCCCUGAGGGCGCACGGCUCUGCGCGCCCACCGCGGCCUCCCCCAGGCCUCCUCCGUGCCCUCCCGUCCCUCGUCCCGUCCUGCUCCUCCACGGCGCCUGCGCGCCGGCGCAGCGCACACUGUGUUUCCAGCGGGCUCUCUCGCUCGGACCGAGCGCCCGCGGCUGCGAGGAGGCGCCCGCAGAGUGCGCCCCGCCACGUCUCGUCUCCCCUCUGCGCCCCGUUGCCUUGGUUGUGCAGUUUCUGCCCCUCUCUUGCCUCUCUCUCUCUCUCUUGUGCUCCACUGCCACCGCGUACGUCGUUCGUCGCGGUAGGAAGCGCACAGGCCAGGCGGGUCUGCGAUUUUCGGCCUUUGGCGGCAGCGCCGGCGAGCGCUUUCGGAGAAA